AUGUCCCGCUCCAAGUUCUUCCUGGUGGUGCUCAUCUGCAGCUUCGUGUGGGCCUUCGUGCCGGGCUACCUCUUCCAGUCGCUCACCUCCAUCUCGUGGGUGUGCUGGGUCUUCUCCAAGUCCGUCACGGCGCAGCAGCUCGGCUCAGGCAUGAAGGGCCUGGGUCUCGGAGCUUUCACGCUCGACUGGACCGCCGUCUCCUCCUUCCUCUUCAGCCCGCUCAUCUCGCCCUUGUUCGCCACCGUCAACGUCUUCGUUGGCUACGUCUUGUUCAUUUAUGUGGUGAUGCCCACGGCGUAUUGGGGGAUGAACCUGUACAACGCCAAGACGUUCCCCAUAUUCUCCUCUCACCUCUUCGCCUCCAAUGGGUCGCCCUAUAAGAUCGCCGACAUUGUGAACCAGCAGUUCCGGCUUGACACGGAGGCGUACGACAAGCUCGGACGCAUAAACCUCAGCAUCUUUUUUGCAAUCUCAUAUGGCUUCAACUUUGCCACCAUUGCCGCAACCAUCACGCACGUCGGCUUCUUCUACGGCAAGGAGAUCUACCACCGGUUCCGAGCUUCACAGCAGGAGGAGCCUGACGUCCACACAAAGCUAAUGAGGAAGUACGAGGACAUACCAGCGUGGUGGUUCUACUCUGUGACGGCAUUGUCCAUGAUAGUGUCCCUCAUCCUCUGCACCGUCCUCAAGGACCAGGUUCAGCUCCCAUGGUGGGGCUUCCUCUUUGCCUGUGCCAUGGCCUUCACCUUCACGCUACCCGUAAGCAUCAUUUCUGCAACCACUAACCAGACGCCUGGUCUGAAUGUCAUCACUGAGUACGUCAUGGGGCUAAUAAUGCCUGGAUACCCCAUCGCCAACGUCUGCUUCAAGGUGUACGGCUACAUCAGCAUGUCGCAGGCAAUCUCCUUCCUCGCAGACUUCAAGCUUGGACACUAUAUGAAGAUACCUCCCAAAUCAAUGUUCAUUGUUCAGUUUGUCGGUACAGUGGUGGCCGGGACUGUCAACCUCAUUGUCGGAUGGUGGCUACUUGGCUCGGUUGAGAACAUCUGCCAGGACCAACUGCUCCCACCAAACAGCCCAUGGACAUGCCCCAACGACCGUGUCUUCUUCGACGCAUCGGUCAUCUGGGGCCUUGUUGGCCCGAAUCGCAUUUUCGGGUCAAAUGGCAACUACAUAGCCCUCAACUGGUUCUUCCUCUUUGGCGCGGCAGGCCCUGUCAUCGUGUACAUCCUCCACAGGAUAUUCCCCACUCACAAGUGGAUACUACUCAUCAACAUUCCGGUGCUCACCGGCGCUACGGCCUUAAUGCCGCCAGCGACGACCGUAAACUUCAACUCGUGGCUGCUCUACGGCAUCAUCUUCAACUUCUUUGUGUUCCGGUACCGCAAGAAGUGGUGGCAGAGGUACAACUACAUCCUCUCUGCUGGGCUUGAUGCGGGCGCCGCGUUCAUGGGGGUGCUGCUUUACUUCACACUGACCAUGGAGAACCGGACAAUCAACUGGUGGGGCACGGGCGGCGAGCACUGCCCUCUGGCCUCAUGCCCCACCGCUAAAGGGGUAGAUCUUGGACCGGACAGUGUGUGCCCUGUGUUCUAA